CCCGCUUUCCAGUUGCCCCAAAACCCCAUUCUCGCUCUUCUCUUUCUCUCUCUAAAACACACACACUCACACACAUACACACUCUCUCUAGUACUGUUUGUGAGUGAGUGUGAAAUGGAUCUGACUAGAGUGCUUUGCAUUGCAAGUCUGCUCUCGUUGAUGGCGGUGGUUAACGCUCGGAUCCCGGGCGUCUUCACCGGCGGAGCCUGGCAAAGCGCCCACGCCACCUUCUACGGUGGCAGUGACGCCUCUGGCACCAUGGGUGGUGCUUGUGGGUAUGGAAAUCUGUACAGCCAAGGCUACGGUGUGAACACGGCGGCGCUAAGCACCGCCCUGUUCAACAAUGGGCUGAGCUGCGGAGCCUGUUUCGAGAUCAAGUGCGCCGAUGACCCCAAGUGGUGCCACUCCGGCAGCCCCUCCAUCUUUGUCACUGCCACCAAUUUCUGCCCGCCGAACUUCGCCCAGCCCAGCGACAAUGGCGGGUGGUGCAACCCACCUCGGACACACUUCGAUCUCGCCAUGCCUAUGUUCCUCAAGAUCGCCGAGUACCGUGCCGGAAUCGUCCCCGUCGCUUUUCGCCGUGUUCCGUGCCGAAAGCAGGGAGGGAUCAGAUACACAAUCAACGGCUUCCGUUACUUCAACUUGGUUUUGGUGACGAACGUCGCGGGUGCAGGGGAUAUCCAGCGCGUUAGCAUCAAAGGGUCUAAAUCACAGUGGAUGCCAAUGAGCCGAAACUGGGGACAGAACUGGCAAUCCAAUGCAGUCCUUGUGGGCCAGGCACUGUCAUUCAGGGUCACAGGCAGUGACCGUCGCACCUCCACCUCCUGGAACGUGGCACCGCCUAAUUGGCAGUUCGGUCAAACUUUCACGGGAAAGAAUUUCCGGGUCUAAAAAAGAAUGGGAAAAUUUCGAGUUUCCCUCCUUCAGUUUUCUUUGUUUUUUUUCCGGGAAAAUUUGAAGCUAAGUGGGGGUUGUAGUAAAAAUAGAAAAGGAGCAAGAAAGUGAUAGGCUAGAAAAAGUUGGUGUGGUAAUAUUUUAUUUUUACUUUUACUUUAAUGUAAUUUUGAAUUUAAGGUGGGUUUGUUGUUGUUAGUUGUUGGGCUGGUAAAAGUAAGAACCAGCAUUGGUAAAAAGUGUAGGAGCUGAAGCGACUGCAAGAAAAAAAGAAAAACAUGUAGUCCGCAGCUCCAAUUAUAUAUCAUCAAAAGUACUAAGUACUUUAUAUAUAUAUAUAUAUAUAUGAGAAUAUAUAAUUGUAAUUGUCUUUAUAUA